AACAAGCUCCCGAUCACUGGCUUCACCCGACGCAUGCUACUGCAGCUCCUCCUGGAGGACGAGAAGAUACUCGUGCACUUCCGCUCGGACGUGCCGCUCCACCAGGUGGCGUCGCCGAUCACGUGCACGAUGCUCAAGCACCCGAUGUUUCGCUGCGGGCGUAACUACCGCGUUCUUUACCUCAGUCUCCAGACGACAGUGUCCGGCAUGAUCGCCAAGAUACUCGACAAGCCGAGCGUAUCGCUCAGCGCAGGUGGCGCCACCGCGGGCAAGGACGACGACAAGAAAGAUGGCGGCGGCGGCGGCGGCGGCGGCGGGGAGGCGACGUUGAAACUUCUCGACCACGUGUCCCUCGUUGCCGGGAUCUCCGCGCAGGAGAAGCGCGCGAAGGCGGCUGCGGCGGCGGCUGCGGCGGCGGCGGGGCUUCCUCCGCGUCCACCGUCCCGGCGAGGACACGCGGCGGCUGCCACCCUCGCGGCGUGCCCCGAGCGCGACGUGGCGUGUCUCACGCACGCGCUGCUCCCCGGACGCUCCCUCCCCGCCGAGCUGAGCCUCGCCCAGGUCGUGGCCGCGCUGCAGGAGAGGGGGCUCGCCGCGGGGCAUCCCAUCAUUGAACUCACGCUGUCCGUGAGGAAGAGGAAGACCCGCGCAGGAGGAGGAGGAGGAGGAGCCAGCGACGCGGCGAGGGAGAGGUUCACGUGCGAUGCAGGUCUGCCAUCAUCAUCAUCACCAUCAUCAUCAUCCGCAGCAGCGGUGGGGGUGGGUGAGGGAGCGAGCGUGGCGGAGCGAGCGACAGCGACGGCAGCGGAUGUUCGGCCGCAGCCGACGGGACUACAGGUGUUUGCUAGCGUCGGGGGGCUGGCCCUGCUAGCCGAGCAUCUACCCCUGCUCUACCCCGAGGUGACGCAGGCUGCUACGAUGUCCGUCGCCCCUCCCGAACGCGCCCCUGACCUUGGCAUCGGCACCGACUGGGUCAAGGUCGAGUCCGAGGAGUAUUACGAG